GCUCUGAUUUGUGGCUAUGCUAAAGCUGGGGAUAUGGAGAGCAAAAAAGAUUUGGAUGAAAUGUCAGAGAAGGGGGAUUCUGCCUUAUACAAUGCUAUGAUCGACGGAUAUGUUAAGUUGGGUGAUUUGGAUUCGGCUCGAAGUUUGUUUGAUAAAAUGCCGGAUAGGAAUGUGAUUUCGUGGACUAGUAUGAUCAAUGGAUAUUGCAAUGGUGGUGAUGUUGUGUCUGCUAGGGUCUUAUUUGAUUCCAUGCCUGAAAAAAAUCUAGUAUCUUGGAAUGCAAUGAUCUCCGGGUACUGUCAGAAUAGGCAACCUCAUGAAGCGUUGAAAUUGUUUAACGAAAUGCAGUCAACGACGUUGUUCGAGCCAGAUAAAGUAACCAUUGUGAGCAUUCUGCCACCUAUUGCGGAUUUGGGUGCUCUUGAGUUGGGUGAGUGGGUUCACCAUUUUGUUCGAAGGAAGAAGCUUGAUAGAGCAACCAAUGUAUGCACUGCUCUUGUUGAUAUGUAUGCAAAAUGUGGAGAGAUAAAUAAAGCGAAAAAAGUUUUCGAUGAGAUGCCAGAAAAGGAAAUAGCUUCAUGGAAUGCUUUAAUAAAUGGAUAUGCAGUCAACGGAUGUGCCAAAGAGGCACUGGAGGUAUUUUUGGAAAUGCAGACUCGAAGAAUUAUGCCGAAUGAUGUGACCAUGAUCGCUGUCUUGUCCGCUUGUAACCAUGGCGGUCUGGUGAAGGAAGGUAAGAGAUGGUUUAAAGAGAUGGCGGAAUUUAGGCUCAUCCCGAAAAUCGAGCAUUAUGGUUGUAUGGUUGAUCUGUUAGGGAGGGCAGGAUGUGUGGAGGAAGCUGAGAAGUUGAUAGAAAGUAUGCCCUAUGAGGCCAAUGUAAUUAUUCUCACUUCACUUCAAUUUGCAUAUUGGUCCUUGAAUAAUGUUGAAAAAGCUGAGUGUUUGUUGAGUAAGUUGGUCCAUAUGGAGCCAACUAAUCAUGGGAGUUAUGUUAUGUUACGGAAUCUGUACGCCGCUGAGAAAAGAUGGGAAGAUGUGGAAGGAAUUCGGAGAGAGAUGAGAAGGAACGGGGCUCGAAAAGAGGCCGGCUGUAGUGUUAUUGAGAUUGACAGCAGGGUUUCGUAGUUUGUAUCCGGAGAUAAACUGCACCCUAAAUGGGAAACCAUAGAGUCAGUGGUGCUGCAGUUGCGGAUGCACACGAGGGGGCAGUCGGACAUGGAAGCUGCACACGAGUGAUGCAUGAUAUUUGAGCUCUCGAUUAUGCCGGUUGUGUUAAAUUUGGAUCGAUCUAAUUCCCUUCUGGUUG